GUUCUCUCCGCAGGCGACAACAUCAUCGGCCGUUAUGCCGGUGCCGUUUCUUGUAUUAGGGGUGAGAAGAGACGAAACUCCAUCUGAAGAAAUAGAAGAAAGCAAACCAACACCGACGCCGGCGGGAGAAGGAGAAGAAGAGGAGCAAGAUGAUGAGCAAGAGAAAAAAGAAUCAGACGAAGUUCCGGAGGAAACGGGUUCUUCUGGAACGGUGAGAUGGUGUGCAGUAAGGGAUGAAUUCGAUGAUUGCAAGAACUAUCUCACACUCCUGAAUCAGAUCGAUGGUUACACAUGGAAAUGUGUAAAAAGAGAAACAACUCAAGAAUGUUUGGAUUCAGUAAAGAAAGGGGAAGCAGAUUUGAUAAACUUGGAUGCAGGAAUGGCUUACAUUGCAUUCUUGAAGUAUUCUAUGAAAGCCAUUGCCAACGAGGUUUACUGCAAUCAUGCUGAAAGUUUUGAUGCCGUUGCUGUCAUAAACAGAAAGGCCUGUUCUGAAAGAGAGGUGACUAGCAUAAUGGAUUUCAAGGGUGGGAGAUCUUGCCAUGGAAGUUACUCAACUGCUUCAGGGUGGAACUAUCCUGUUAAUCAUCUCAAGGAACUGGUUGGUUCAAAAGAAAAGGAUGUUGAUGAGUUAGUCAGCGAUUUCUUCUCUAGCGUUUGUGCACCAUCAGAAUUUCCAGGGACAGGAAUCUGUAGCGGGUGUGGAAGUGAGAAUGGCUCAUGUCACACCAACAGUUUGUACUCAGGUGAUUCUGGAGCUUUUCGGUGUCUGGUUGAGGAAUUGGGGGAUAUUGCAUUUGUCCGAGGAGAUACUGCAUUGCUCUACUCUAUGGAGGGCCCCCAAAACCAAACAUGGUCAACAAAGUCCAUUAGAGAUUUCAUGUAUCUUUGUCCACAAGAUGGUUGCCAGGAAAUCAAUGGUUAUCCUGGAUCAUGCUCAUUUGGAACUGUUCCAGCAAAUGUCAUAAUGGCAAGUAACUCCAUUUCCAGAAAGAAAAGGUCAGUAGUGUUGAAGACACUGCUUAACGUUACCCGGGGUGACACUCUUUACACUUGGAAGAAUGGCGGUGGUCAUCUACUUAGUUCCAGUGCUCAAGGAAUAUAUAUGGUUAAUAAGGUCACCAGGUCAUAUCUUGGGGUGUCAGCUUCCAUUUCACAGAGCAUACAAGAAUUAAACAAAAUGGUCCAAAACAGCUCAUCAACAAUAAAUUCAACUUCAGAUGUUUCUUCUUCCUUAACGAGAAAUGCUCAACAUCUAAGGAUUGUUGCUGCCUGCUCAAUCAUAGUUGGACUCAUGUUUCAGGUAUUCUCUACAUGGUAGAAAGAGGAACAUAAACAUUUUGAAAGUCAACAACAAUGUAUCAAUGUAUUUUUCCACAAAGUUCUUGUAUUGAGAUGAGAAAAGAAGGUAGAAAAUUUAGUACUACAAUUACAAAGAUCAACAGAUGCAA